AUGUUGUGGAGGUUCAGUUUCGCUUCCAAUUCGACAUUGGAUGCCCUCCUCACUCGUGACAUCCCUCCUUCGCUGGAGGAGAUAUUGGACGAACAGGAUAUACUGAAUGAAUGUAAAGCUCAGAAUAACAAGUUGGUGUCGUACUUGUCUAGAGAAGAAUCGGUAAAAUCAUUAUUGAAUUGGGUAGUGGCAGGAUUAGAUGAAUUGAAUCAACAAGCAGAAGAAGCGGAUGAAAAAUGUUUUGAGGUAGCUUUGACUUCGCCAGAUUUGUACCCUUCUUACAAACCCUCCCUCAUCAAUAAUCUACCUGUACCGGGCAAUGGACCGAAUAGUCCACCGUUAGAACCGUCACCUGCACCCGCACCUGCUCAGGCUCUAGUCAACGUGGAUUUAGACGAAAAAAGCCAAGAUCAGAACCAGGAAGAUAGUGGGGCCAUUGAGAAUGAUGAAUUUAUCGGAUCGGAUGUAGGACUGGGAAAAGGGUUGAGAAGGAAAUCUGAGGGUGAAGAGGAACUACAUCGGUCGAGAUACCCAAACCUGGCAGCAGAGAUACUAUGUUGUACGGAACUCUGGUCGAUAUCAGAAACCAUCGUGCAUAAUCCGGAUUACCUGUUAUUACCAUUCUGGGAUGCUGUCUUACCCCCUUUAGAUGCUAGUUCACCGAACGGAGAAUCGAGUAUGGCUUCGUCGAUGAUCUUAUCGCGUCAACAGGCUGGUGAAAGGGAAAGAGCUAGAAAUGAAUUUUGGGACGAGAAGGAUGAAGAAAGAGAUAGGAGAAGGGAAGUGAUCAGAGGUAUGUGGAUGAGGGUUAAUGGUGUUUUGAUGACUAAAAGGACCCCAGAGAUGAUACGCUUUAUACGUUCGAUUCCCAAUAUUGUUGAACGUAUAGUAGCACGUAUAGCGAGUCCCGCGGUUCAAGACAUUUUGAUCAGGAUAGUAUCAUCAGAAGAAGGUGGUGUGACUGGAGUGAUAGAUUGGUUGGCGGAUGAAGGCCUGAUACCUCGACUAAUCGAAUUCCUCUCCCCACACUAUUCCACGUCAGUUCACACCGUCGUUGCCGAAAUACUAAAAUCAAUUAUCACACUAUGUGCUCCAACGCCUUUCAACCCUCAUGGAGGCAAUGCGAUGGAACAACAAGCCGGUCAAGGGCAGAGUACGGGAGCCAGGGAUAAUCGAUUGAUCAGAGAAUUGAUCUCGGAAACAAACAUUUCGACGUUAAUCGGAUUCAUGCUGGAUGAUAUAGAAUUGACGGAUGAGAAAUGGGAAGGACUCAAUGGUUCAGAUUCAGAAGAAAAUUCACCCUCAGAUCCAUUCAUCACCCAUCCUCUGCCCUCAAUAGCAUCAGCUACUUCAUCUCUCUCGCACAUUUGUUCAAUUCUGGUGGAAGUCAUAAGGCGAAAUAACUCGGAUUUCUCCGAACCUCAUCUGUUCCAUACGUUGAGAAAUCGCUUGAUGAGCGUGAGGAUGCGGCCUACAGAACAGCCGUCACCGUCAUCGGAUGUGGAAGAAGAUCAAGGAGAAAGAGAAGAGAAAGAUAGGAAACGGAUGGAAGAUGCUUUAGGUGAUAUGAGCGCUUCGAUGGGUAUAGUCCAUCUCGGUCAUCUUUUGGAUAUCAUCAGUCAAAGAUUCGAUAAAUUACAUCAUUUCGUAAAGCAUCCCAGGUCGCAGAAUCGAUCUGCUUCAGCUGCUCAACCCAAACCAUUCACUUUAGAACGAUUUCGUAUAUUAGAGCUCUACGCCGAGCUCCUGCAUAGUUCAAAUAUGUCGAUCUUCAAUCGUAUACCUGGCACUGGUCCGACAUAUACUGAAGAAGGGAUCUUGUCGGGUGGAUUAGAAGGUUUGGAAGCGCUCGGAGAAGCGAUCGAUGGAGAUCAAGCUGGAGAAGAUGAUAAUCAGAUAGAAGAGGAUCAAGUUACUCAAGCUAAAGAAUUGCCUGUAUCGUGCGGAUCGACCGAGGCUUCAUUGACUGGAUCAGAAGAAGAAGUAACUUCGGAAGAUGAAGAGAUGUUAGAAAAUAUCGAUGUAGACGAUGUCAAUGAUAUAACACCGUCCAAUUCGCCUGCUGCUUCAAAGAUCCUGGAAUUGCCAAAACCAUCAGGCUCAAUGGAAGAUCUCCCUCCACCACCUUCUCCCGCGGAUGCCGAACGACUCAGAGAUGUAAUGGAGAUAGAUACGAAACCUUCUUCCUUAUCUAAUGUAUCGGAUAGUGGUGCAGCGUCAAAUGUGGCUAUAGCAAAUUCGACUGCUGCGCCAUCUAUAGCAUCUUCAGAAGAUACGUCUGAAAAUAUCACAACGCCUUCUAACGACAAUAACGAAUCUCAGAUUUUAUCUCAACAAACGUCAAAUGCCGCACCUCCACUUGCUCCUAUCAGGAUACCAGAUGACCCAUCUACACUCGCACCUGGCGAUAAGCUGAAAAGGCAAUAUGUGCUCAACUCAGUCAUACCAACAGUGGUGGACCUGUUUUUCGAAUACCCGAAUAACGAUUUCAUGCAUCAUGUGGUGUAUGAUAUACUACAGCAGAUAUUGAAUGGGAGACUAGCGCCGGGAUUGAACAAUGACUUAGUGGUGGAAUUGAUCGUGAAGGCGAGAUUGGUGGAGAGGGUCAUAGAUGCUCAGAGGGUGAAUGAUAGGAUGGUUGCUCAACCUCGUUGUCCGAGAUUACCUUAUAUGGGCCACAUCAUCUUAAUUUCAGAAGAACUAGUCAAAUUCUUCGCUAGAUGUCCGCCAGAAUUAUACGAACGUAUCAAAGACUCAUUCGUCUUAUCAGAGUGGGAAGAGUUCGUUGAAAAUUCAUUACGAGAGGCCAAGAUGAGAGAUGCAAAGCCACUCGCAGGGGGUAAACCGAUGUCUUCAAUAGCUCAAAACGGAUCAUCUAUAUCUGAAACUGAAGGAAUAUCAUCAGGAAUGGGUAUGAAACGUGAUGACGAUGAUUCAAGUUCGGAUGAAGAUGACGAAGCCGGUGAUAAAGUUAAAUUUGGUGAACCCCUUACUAGGACUAGUGCACAGGAUGGAUUCAUUAAUAGAGGUGGUGGUGAUAAUGAUUUUGACGAUUUUGGUGAUGAUGAAGAAGGUAUGGAUAGGUUCUGGAGAAACUCCGGUGUUGGGCUGGGGAGAAGACCUGUUGACUCGUCUGAUGAUGACGAUGAUGCAGAUUGGCUGCAGCCUACUGCUAAUGCUGGUUGGGGCAAUAAUGCGGGAGGGGACGACGAUGAUUUUGGGGCUUGGGAGACCGCUGGCCCUAGUAGACAAGGUGGAAAGGAUGACUUUGAUGAUGACGAUGGUUGGGGAAACUUCAACUCUGGAUCACCUGCCUUUGCUUCGCCUAACCCGAAUGCUGAGGAUCCGUUCGGGGAUGAUAACUUUGUGCCGUCGGUCGUCCGAGCUGAACCUCCCGCCCCCAAUCAAGCCAAUGAGAUACCGUUAACUCCUCGAGAUUGGGCCGAACAGUUUGAUCGAGCUUUCCGAGAAGGUGGUGAUCCCACUGCGACAGGUCCCGAUGAGAAUGGAGUUACGGCGAUCGUAGUGCCUAACAUGGACGAUGACGAUGACGAUGAGAGUGAAGAUGAGUCUAGUACAGCUGCAAGACGAAUGUCUAUGUCCGCCGGGACAAGUGGAUGGACGUUUGCGGGUGAUGAUGAUGGCGUUGAUCUACCCCCUACGGAAUCACCUACUAUACCUGAAAUACCUGGAUUUGAAAGUGCCGACUUACCGGGUGUAGUCAGUACGAUACCUAAAGAAGCUAUAACUUCACCUCAACCUGUCUCACCUAUACGUCAUGGUCAUGCCAUAUCACCGAGUAGUACCAGUCCAAUUACAUCGCCUCAAGCUGUACCUAUCAAUAUACCACGACGUAAACCUUCGCAUGGCCAUGGUGCCCACCCAGGUCAUCCGUCUGGAUCACUAGACUCCUCCACAUCUUCGUCGAGUUCACCAAGGAACAGUAAGUGGCAGACAGAAGCUUUCUCACCUCCCGAUCCAAGUUUGAUAGCAGCCGCGACGGAAGAUUCGCCAUUGGGACCUGGUGUCUCCCCCGAUACGAAGAUCACGGAUCAUGGGUUAUUGGAAAGAGAGGUAGAUGGGAAGAAAAUUAGAGUACCCCAGGAUGAGAUUGUGGAAGCUAUCGAGAGAGCUCAGGACGAUUCGGCAGAAGAAUAA